AUGGAUGGUCGGGAAACGAACGAGCCUUGCAAGUCGUGCGAGAAGGCGGGAACGGACUGCAUUAUUCAAGAGAAGGCGCCAAAGACCGAGUACCCUACGGAAUAUGUCACCUUUCUUGAAUCGAGGAUAGCCUCGCUCGAAGCUCGCCUCGCAGAGAUCAAACCUGGUGAUGAUCUCGCAGAUGAUCACCUCGACACCCUGCGACAACACGACCAAAGCGUCAGCGGGAGCGGUACAGGCGAGAGCGGGGAGGUCAAGAAUGAAAUCGCGGCUGGUGUCGCUCUGCUCUCCCUCAACUCGGCAAGCGAGCCGCACUACCUCGGCGGAUCUUCCGGGUACUCGUGGGCCAAGGUCCUGCUCGGCACGCUUCAUCGACCGGCCAGCACCCUUUUCAAGCCUGACGAGACGUUCAAGGCGCGGUACAAGGAGACCGAAGCGGGUCUCGCGCUCGUCCGUCCAGCCUUACCCGACAAGGAACUUGCGGGGAUGAUGGUGGAGGCCUUCUACACGCAUAUCCAGCCUCGAUAUCCCUUUGUAAAUUGGCGCCAGCUGCGGGACUGGCUGGCGAGGCAGGACGAGAUGGUGCUGCCGAAAGGGGCAUAUAGUGUGAUCACACCGGAAGGGAGGGAGAAGGGAACAGCCUCAUUCUUCGUAUGGAUGACCUACGCGAUCGGUUCCAGACUACUUCAGGGCGUCGCUCUGCCGGGGAUAGCGGAACCUGAAGCGUACUACGCUUUGGCAUUAGAUCAUAUGGAGCUCAUAGUGACCCUACACAAUAUCGAAAACGUCCAGGCUUUCCUCUUCCUCGCCAUGUACUCGCUUCGAUGCGCGGAGGGUCCCUCGGUCUGGCACCUCACCGGCGUAGCGAUGAAGAUGUGCGUCGAGCUCGGGAUGCAUCGCCGUCGGAAGCUGCCUCGCGGGGUCACGCAGUUCCAAGAAGAGAUCAGAAAGAGGACUUUCUGGACGGUAUACGGCCUAGACCGGGGGUUUGCGCUCACGCUCGGGCGUCCGCUGGGUAUAGACGAUCGAGAUAUCGAUCAAGUUCUACCACUUAACGUGGAGUGCGAUAUCGACAUACCACCCAACAUGUCCACCCCUUCCGCUCAAUCCGGAGCGUCCGCCUCCGACUCCCCCUUGGCGACUGACCGCGAUCCACCGUCCAAUGCGUCAUUUACCAGCAUGUCAUCCGCCAUCCACAGCAUCAGACUGCGGCAGAUCGAGGCGCAAAUUCAGCGAACGGCUUACAAUCUGCAUAGUAACCCGGAGGAGAGCAGAGAUCAGAUCAUGGCGAUCCUGGAUAAGCUGGAUGCGUGGAAGGAGUCUAUCCCGAAGCGGCCUCCAGGCCCUCAGUACCAGAACAUACCGUGCUGCUCGGAUGAUUGGUUCUUGAUGCGGGCCGAAGGGGCGAGACUCUACCUUCUCAGGCCCAUUACCGCUAAGGCGGCACGUGGGGACCCCCUCUUGACUGCGUGUGCACAAUCUUGCGUGCAACAAUGCGAGGUAUUCCGGAGGAUGCACCAAAAUUACCCCCUCGCCAACUCCCUCUCCCUUACCGACCUACACAACAUCUUCCUCACCGGCCUUACCCUGCUCCACCUCCUUCUCACCCAUCCACGCGUCAUAUCAAUGCGCGAGUCCACACGCGCCAUUCGGGCCUGCUCUACCGCUCUCUUCGUGUACGCGCAGCACUUCAAGGCGGCCGGGCCGUUCCGAGAUGCGUUUGAGGACAUGGCGAAUGCGUGCUUGGACGCGUGUGAGCGUGCGGCGGAGGAUGAGCCGGUACUGAUUGAGCGGCAGACGGAAGGGGAGAAUGAGUGGGAGAGGCACGUAGGGGAGAUGGCGGCGUGGAUGAUGAAUACCAAUGCGCAACAGGACUUCUUGGAACUGGUCACCUCGCUUGGAUUCAACCCGAAUGUACCCAUCGACCUCGCUCAGCCGACGCCACUCCAGCAAGAAUUGGUCUUUGCCCCUCAGCUCCCAUUCCAAGCGCCACUGUUCGCCGGUCCAGCCGACAUAUUCUCGAAUUUACAGUCCGCGUCGAACCUCCCCGGUCAUUCUACCGAUAACAACUUUACCCUCCUGUCCACCUCGAGCGGAGGGAGUCAUCCGAUCCCGCUACCUCAGAAUAUACAGCAGGACCAGGGGGUCCAUCCCUCCCUGUUUACCUUGGGGAACCAUGCGGGAGCUGGAGUGCCAAAUCAGCAGAACCCGUUUGGUGGGUACGGUAUGGGGAUGGGCCAGGCGGGACCAUCAGUAGCGAGCGUGCAGCGGGAGCAGAGGAACAGUGUCAGUGGAGGUGCGCAGAGGGAGAGGUCGCUCUUAGACGGACCUUUCGCCGGAUCGACGGAUUGGUAUAACCAGUAUAAUGCUUGA